CAUUUAUUACUGUUAAGUGUUUAACCAGUAAUCACUAUUCACUUCACCGCAAUUUCAGAUUCUUGUUACUGUUAAGAGUGUUAAGUGUUUUUUUUUUUGAAAUUGCUGAACUGCUGGGGUUGAACUGUUGAUCUUUUAUUAUUUUGGUAAAUUUAUCUUAGUAAUUUAGUAUGAUGCUUGUCUACCAAUAUUGUGCUUAAGUAUAUAUUAAUUAACAACCAGUAACCAACAUUCAAUUGGUAAAUUAAUAAAAAAUGGUGUUGUGCAGAAAAUUGCUGUAUAGACCUUUUUACAGUUGUUGUAUUCGACAGCUUUCUUCUGAAGCUUUCAAGAACAUACCCAAGAAUGAAACUUCUCUAACACCUAUAUAUAGGUUGGCAUCACAAUGGCCGAAAAACAUUGCAAUUGUAGACAAGUUUGGAGAACACACUUAUUCUUCAAUAUUCAACAGCAGUGUCACAUUGUCAAAAAUAAUAGAAAAAUCUUUGCAUGGAGAAAUCCAAGAACGUGUUGCAAUCUUGUGUCCAAAUGAUGCAUCUUAUGUUGUUGCUCAAUGGGCUUCAUGGAUGAGUGGACAAAUCGUUGUUCCUUUAAGUCCACUUCACCCUGCUUCCAUGUUAGAAUAUUUCAUAAAUGAUAGCGAUGCUAAAGUGAUAUUAACAACUGCUCAGUUUGAGAAUAUUGUACGUCCUUUAGCUGAAAAAUUUAAUCAAAAGUAUCUUUUACUUGAAGACCAUAUUACUUUGGAUUUUAAACCACUUGGUAAAACAUCAUUUGAAGAAAAUAAUGAAGUAGAAAUGUUAAAUACUGAUAAUAAUAUAAGUGAUGAGCAGUUCUUUGAUUCAAAUGCUAUGAUAAUUUACACAUCUGGAUCAACCGGUUCUCCUAAAGGUGUUUUGUUGACACAUAAUAAUUUAAAUGCUCAGAUAAAUUGUUUAAAAACUGCUUGGAAUUGGAAUAAUAAAGAUGUUAUACUUCAUGCUCUACCUUUAAAUCAUAUUCACGGUAUUGUGAAUGCACUAAUGUGUCCAUUACACACAGGGGCAAGAUGUGUCAUGUUACCAAAGUUUAAUGCUGCUGAUGUCUGGACAUGGCUCUUAGCUAUAGAACAAUACUAUGGAUAUAGAGUAAACAUGUUUAUGGGUGUGCCAACUAUGUAUGUAAAACUUAUUGAAAACUAUGAGAAAAUGUUUGAGAAAAAUGAUAGAAUGGUAGAAUAUAUCAAAGCUGUUUGUUCUCAAAAAAUUAGAUUGAUGGUUAGUGGCUCUGCACCAUUACCCAGUACACUGUUCAAUCGUUGGGAACAAAUCACUGGUCAUAAAUUACUAGAACGAUAUGGUAUGAGUGAAAUUGGAAUGGCUCUUUCUAAUCCUUUAAAUGGCGAAAGAAAACCAGGUUUUGUUGGACAACCUUUACCAGGUGUAAAUGUUCGAAUCGUCAAAGAUGACACUGUUUUGCUUGAAGGAUAUGACAAUAAUAUAAAAAUUAUUAAUUCAGUAAAGCAUGAUAGCAAAGAAGGUUAUAGUGGGGAUUUGCAAAUAAAAGGGAAGAAUGUGUUUAAGGAAUACUGGCGCAAACCUGAAUCAACAAAAAAAGAGUUUACUGAAGAUGGAUGGUUUAAAACUGGCGAUUCAGUUAGAUAUGUUGAUGAUAGUUUUCAAAUAUUAGGCCGAACAUCAAUAGAUAUAAUAAAAACCGGGGGUUAUAAAGUCAGUGCUUUGUUUGUUGAAACUAUUAUGUUACAAAACAAAGUAAUUAAAGAUAUUGCUGUGGUUGGAUUACCUGACAGUACGUGGGGUCAAAGAAUAGGUGCUUUAAUUGCAAUUGAUGAACAGGCUAUUAAUGUUGAACAUAAAAAAUUUAAGAAAGAUUUGAAAAUUUGGGCCGAAACUGUAUUACCAUCAUAUAGUGUACCAACUGUAAUUUACAUUGUUGAUGAGGUGCCCAGGAAUGCGUUGGGUAAAGUGGAUAAAAAAUCUUUAUUGAAAAAUUCUUUUUCAAAGUAUUUGGAAUCUUAA